AUGAUAUUCGUACAACUACGAAGAGAAUAUACAGAUGGUGACGCAGGCAUUAUUAUUGUAUAUAAUCGUGUUCCUAAAUGUGGAAGUACAUUAUUGGUCAGAAUCUUUCAAAUUCUAUCAAAUCGAACACGUGCAUUCACAUUUCGUCAGUCGCAAGAAUUGAGACAUUAUCGUUACUCAACCGAGGAACAACAUACGUUAGUCACCGAUCUCGUCCGAUACUCAUACAAUGUCAGUUAUCAGCGAGUUGUCUACGAGCAACAUUUUCACUUUGUGAAUUUACCCUCAACAUCAAAGAAUAUAUUCUAUUAUAUAAAUCAAUUACGUGAUCCGUUGGAAAGAACCUUGUCAGAGUUUGAUUUUGAACGUUAUAUCGGUGGUUCAUUGGGUGCAGGACAUGCAAACCUGUUCUUACAUCCAUCUCUCCGAAACUUAACAAUGGAUGAAUGCGUGUCAACUGGCGAUCCCACUCGAUGUCUCACAAAACUGUAUGGAGUUUAUUCACCAAUCAGCUUCUUUUGUGGUCAAUCGUCCUUUUGCGAUGAUACAGUUAGUCGACCGACGAGCGAUGCUGCUCUUUCUCAAGCUAAAUCAAAUAUUGAACGAUAUUAUACUCACAUUGGUAUCUUAGAAUAUAUUCAAAGUUCAUUGGAACUGCUUGAACAUAUUCAGCCUUCCAUAUUCACCGGAGUACAAAUUCAAACUGACGAAGAAAUAUGGGAUUAUUGUCGAAAAGCGACUACAACACUCUUUCAUCCCGCUGGAACAUGCAAAAUGGGUAAUGUAGAUAAUAACAAUAUGACAGCCGUUGAUUCUCAAUUAAAAGUUAAAGGAAUUAAAAAUUUAAGAAUUGCUGAUACAUCUGUUUUUUCCACAAUGAUAUCUGUUAAUCCGUGUAUUACAUGCAUGAUGACUGGAGAAAAAUGUGUAGAUAUGAUUAAACAAGGUUAA